UUCUCAGACUAACAUUCAUUCAGCACUCACUGACACCUUUUCAACAGAUUUACUCUGUUCGCUUAGCUGCUGGUGUCAAUACCCGAUACCUUGUUCACUUCGUCUCCAGCACCAUGCUCAGGAUGCUACAGAAACUCCGUCUCCAGCCAGGGAUGAGUCUAUUAUUGAUAUGGCUCUGUCAUUUCAUGGAAGAUCAAAAAGUACAAGCUGGCAACUGCUGGUUACAGCAAGGGAAGAACGGGAGGUGUCAGGUGCUCUACGUGCCGGGGAUGAGCCGAGAGGAGUGUUGUCGAAGCGGGAGGCUGGGGACGUCAUGGACCGAGGAGGAUGUACCCAACAGCACCUUGUUCCGGUGGAUGAUCUUUAACGGCGGAGCCCCCAACUGCAUACCCUGCAAAGAAACGUGUGACAACGUGGACUGUGGACCCGGAAAGAGCUGCAAGAUGAACCGGAGAAGUAAGCCGCGCUGCGUCUGUGCUCCAGACUGCUCCGACGUCACUUGGAAAGGACCUGUCUGCGGGUCGGAUGGAAAGACAUACAAAGACGAGUGCGCGUUGCUCAAGUCCAAAUGUAAAGUCCAUCUGGACCUGGAUGUGCAGUACCAGGGCAAAUGCAAGAAGACCUGCCGUGACGUCUUGUGCCCGGGGAGCUCCACGUGCGUCGUGGACCAGACAAAUAAUGCGUACUGUGUGACCUGUAAUCGGAUCUGCCCUGAACAGACAUCACCCCAGCAGUUCCUGUGUGGCAACGACGGGAUCAUCUACACCAGCGCGUGCCAUCUGAGGAGGGCGACAUGUCUCCUGGGAACAUCCAUAGGAGUAGCAUAUCAGGGGAAAUGCAUCAAGGCCAAGUCGUGCGAGGACAUCCAGUGCAGUGUGGGGAAGAAGUGUCUGUGGGACGCCAGGAUGAGCCGAGGCCGCUGCUCCCUCUGUGAGGAGGCGUGUCCAGAGAGCCGGAUGGACGAGGCGGUGUGCGCCAGCGACAACACCACCUACCCCUCAGAGUGUGUUAUGAAGCAGACCUCCUGCUCUCUGGGAACACUCCUGGAGGUUAAACAUUCAGGAUCUUGCAACUCCAUAACAGAAGACCGUGAGGAAGAGGAGGAGGAGCAAGAAGAUCAGGACUACAUGGUUCACAUCCAUCUGUCCCCCUUAUUGGAUGGAUAGACUGUCUAUCAUAUUCACCUGACCUCCUUAUUGGAUGGAUAGGCUGUCUAUCAUAUCCGCAUGCUCUCAUUAUUGGUUGGAUAAGCUGUCUAUCAUAUCCACAUGCUCUCCUUAUUGGUUGGAUAGGCUGUCUAUCAUAUCCGCAUGCUCUCAUUAUUGGUUGGAUAAGCUGUCUAUCAUAUCCACAUGCUCUCCUUAUUGGUUGGAUAGGCUGUCUAUCAUAUCCGCAUGCUCUCAUUAUUGGAUGGAUAGGCUGUCUAUCAUAUCCACAUGCUCUCCUUAUUGGUUGGAUAGGCUGUCUAUCUACCUGCCUGGUCUCCACGAAGGGAACAGUCCUAGGGCCAGGUCUCAUGUUGUCCAUACUGUACAGUACAUAUGUAUAUGCUUUAUUUAUACAUAUUGUUCAGUUCUGCUCGAUGUUUUAUUUAUACUGUGUUUUGUGUUAUUUUUUGAAAUAAUUUAUACAUUUACAAUGUUCAGGGUUACUAUGUACCAUGUUAUUGUUACCACUUGUUUCUAUUGGUUCUGUUGUCCUGUUGAUUUUUUUCCUUCCUUUCUUCAUUUUUUUAUUUUUAUAUAUAAUGAAGAAAAAAUAUAUUUCUCCAAAGAGAAGCAGUGUUAUUUAUUGAGUGAAGUGUCCAUCUCCAUUCUGUAAGCUGUAGUGGACUCUCAUGAUUCCCUGUGCUGGGACUAACCUACCUAUGUUCUCACUGUUAGAUAUCUCUAUCACAGAUGUUUAUCAUUCACACAUCAAUGCAUGCUUUAGCCUACUGUGUGUUUAUUUAUGGGGGGAAAUCUUAUCUGUCAAUCAUUUAUGCACAGAAAUGUUUCUGCUUUUUUGUUUUUGUUUAACCCAUUAUUAUAACUUGCUAAAGGGACAGUUGUUCGGGUCAAAUCUAUUUUAAUUCCACGCGUUUUCAGGAAAGUAAACCCAAUUACAAAUGUUGCUCAUUGAAGAGAAUUGGAAUUUCAGUGUACUUCCUGAAUUGAAUGGAAUUUAAAUGGAAUUGAAUUCCCACUUGGUUAUGAAUGCAGCCUUAGUUAGUCCCUCCCCUACAAUGUGUUUCCCCAAUGGAGAUGUCUGUCUCACCCAGACAAAACAUCACCCAGUAGCAGUAUCUGUAUAUUAUGUUACAUGUUAAGAACAGAUAUGUUUUUUUUUGUGGGGGUGGGGAGGGG